UGGGCGGAGAGGGAGGAAAACUUCCUGGCCCGGCUCCGGGCGACUCUGUCUUGCCUACCCUCCAAUCCCGCCUACCGGUGCCCGGCGCUUCCCCACCCCUCCCCCGGCUCCCCCAGUAUCCGCCAUGGCCAAAGCCUACGACCACCUCUUCAAGUUGCUGCUGAUCGGGGACUCGGGGGUGGGCAAGACCUGUCUGAUCAUUCGCUUUGCAGAGGACAACUUCAACAGCACUUACAUCUCCACCAUUGGUGAGCCCACUGGCCCUCCAGAGCACUCUUUGAACUUGACCAUAAAUCAUGUUGCAAAAGCUGAACUCUUAGCUGGCGGGGUUGGGCAGUGGGAGGAGUGUCUUUGGAGAGCCCUUCCCUCUAUCCUACCCCAUGAAAUAUUGCACCUUCUCAGGGACACAGCUGGCCAAGAGCGAUUCAAGACGAUAACUACUGCCUAUUACCGUGGAGCCAUGGGCAUUAUCCUAGUGUACGACAUCACAGAUGAGAAAUCCUUUGAGAAUAUUCAGAACUGGAUGAAGAGCAUCAAAGAGAAUGCCUCUGCUGGGGUGGAGCGCCUCCUCCUGGGGAACAAGUGUGACAUGGAGGCCAAGAGGAAGGUACAGAAGGAGCAGGCCAAUAAGUUGGCUCGGGAGCACGGCAUCCGAUUUUUCGAGACCAGUGCCAAAUCCAGUAUGAAUGUGGAUGAGGCUUUCAGUUCCCUGGCCCGGGAUAUCUUGCUUAAGUCAGGAAACCGGAGAUCAGGGAACAGCAGCAAGCCCUCCACCACUGACCUGAAAACGUGUGACAAGAAGAACACCAAGUGCUCCCUGGGCUGAGGACCUUUCUUGCCUCCCGACCCUAAGCCUGGAGGCUGAGCCUGAGAGGGGCGUGGCUGAGGGGCCGGGCUAGCAGGUGGGGCUUGGAGGCUAGAGAUGGGUACCUAGUGAAAGAAUGGGGAGAAAAUGGAGAACAAAAGGAAGCGCAAGGAAAGAGGAAAAGAACAAAAGGAGGUAGAAUAGAGAGAGAAGAAGCCAAAAGGGAGAGAAUUGAGGAAGUGAAAGAAGGUGAGGAGGAAGUUGGAAGAGAGUGAGGAAGGAAGAAAGGCUAGAUGGCCCUGGGCCUCAGACCUUCCCUGGGUUUCCAGGGCAACCAUAAUUGUAAAGAAAUGAUUGAUUCUGUUCCGGGAUCAGGUUUUAGGGUCCUGUGAGGGGCUGGCUCAGCACCACUCUCUGAACGUUUGGUCCUAUCCUGUCACUGUAUGGUCUUUCUCAGUAUUAAAGGCCACCAUUUGCACAAGUG